AGAACUGUUCAUACGUACGUUAUAUUGAUUUUGAUAUCCAUGAAUUAAAGAUGAAUUUACUUUAAAAAUAAAAUUCUUUUCGGAAAUGAUGAAUUCUUCAAUAUUUCGUCCAGAGUAUUCAGAAUUGAGUAGGACAUUCACCAAUCAACAUAGUUUUCAGAAGAAGGAAUAAAAAAAAUGUUUCGCACACGUUACGAUGAAGAAGAAAAGCUCUGGUCGGGUAUUGAUAUGCCGAGCGUUUUCAAUGAACGAGUUUCAUUAGGACAUGCAAUACUGUGGACAUUGCAGAAAAAUCCAGCAAAAAUCGGUCAAAUAAACAGCGAAACGAAAAUUCAGUUGACCAAUGCGGAUAUUCGAUUGAAAACCAUCCAAGCUGCUCAAAAUCUACAAAAGCUUGGCUACGGAAAAGGCGAUGUGUUCGCCAUUUGUGCACGGAAUAAUCAUUACGUGGCUCCGAUUGCUUUUGCAUCGCUUUGCCUAGGCUGUCCAUUGAAUACGCUGGAUACUUCUUUCGGCGAACCGGAGCUUACGCACAUGUUGUCGAUUACGAGACCGAAAGUGGUUUUUUGUGACGCCGAUGUCAGCGAGUUGAUUGAAUGUGUUCUAGAGAAGAUUGAGAUUGAAGCGAAAAUUUUCACAUUCAUUGGUGGAGAUGGGAAUUCAAUACCAGUUGAAGAACUGUUUACCGAAACGAAUGAUGAGGACCAUUUUACUGUGGCGGAAGUGGAUGGUGAGAACGAUGUAGCGUUCAUUAUUUGCACAUCUGGCUCGACUGGCCUUCCAAAAGGAGUUUGUCUGUCGCACGCAAUCUUGUUGAAUCAAUGCAGUCAAUUCGAUAACGAUCACCAGGACAUAGUUUUUACAUUUAGUUCACUGUAUUGGAUAUCUGGUGUGAUAAUUUUAAUAAGCACAACACUGAACGGAAGUUGUCGCAUAAUAACAACCGAAAAAUUCACUCCUGAAUUAAUGGUUGCUAUUAUCGAGGAACAUCAAGUUACACAAUUUGUCAGUGCAAGUCACUAUCUGGUGUUGGCAUUGGGAUGCGAACAAUUCUUUCGAGCGAAUUGGUCAAGCGUUCGGUCAAUUUUAUGUGGUGGCUCGAAGCUUUCAACUGUGGUUGCAUGUCAAAUGCUUCAGCAUGUGAAGAAUGGUGAAAUCCGGUCCUGUUAUGGAAUGAGUGAAAUGGGCGGGGUUAUGUCAAGUGGAUCCGUUAGGGAAUUAAGCGAUGAGUCUAACGGGAACAUUAUUCCGGGGCUUCAGAUUAAAAUCAUUGACGACAAUGGCGAUCGUGUGGGUGUUAACGAAGUGGGUGAAAUCUGUACAAAAUACAAAUACAAAUUCAUUGGCUAUUAUGGCAAUGAAGAAGCUACUAGAGGUGCCACAGAUAGCGAAGGAUUUUUGCUCACUGGUGACGUUGGUUAUUUUGACGAAAGUGGAAACAUUUAUUUCGUUGAUCGUAAAAAGGAAAUGCUAAAAUAUUGUUCAUCGCAAAUAUCACCGAUCGAGAUCGAACAAUUUCUGAUGAAACACGACUACAUCCAAGUGGCAUGCGUUAUUGGCAUACCCGAUCCGGUCGCUGGUGACCUACCAGCGGCUGUUAUUAUGCUACGCGAAAAUGCUGAGAUCAGUACUGAAGUAGUCGAAGGAAUGAUUGCAGAUCAUUUCACGGACUACAAACAGUUGAGAGGUGGUGUGUAUUUCGUUGAUGCGAUUCCACUGACUCCAUCGGGAAAAGUUGUACGUAGAGUUGUCAAAGAGUUAGCCAUCGAGCUUUACAACAAGAGGAAAUAUUGAAAAGUAAAAACAAAUCGAAAUGCUUUACAUUCAACAUCUACUACACGUGAGCUGAGUUUACCUAUGUGUUACACGAAUACUUCAAGAAAGUAGUUAUGUCUCUAACAAUUAUUUGUGCGAAGAGAACUUUGCAUUUGGAAGGAA